AUGUUGGCAUUCAAUCCUUUCCUAGACGCCUACGAAUACUUGCUGAAGAAAGAUGGAUUUAAAAAUCCAGAUGUUAGUCGUUUAUUCAUUUAUUAUAAUGGUCGUUAUGAAAGUUUUGGUCCGCACCAGAUAAGCGAUACUGGCGCCUACAUCGACGAUACUCUUAGCGCAUUAAAACAGUGGGGUGGGUGUAAAAGCAAUCUGUGGCCAUUCAAUCCGUCAGUCCUUAAUCAACGUCCACCUGACCGAGCUUUUCACAAUGGACACAAAUAUUUAACAAUUCAAUGUUUUUCUCUCGCUUGCAAUUUGGAUAGCAUGCGAUCUUGUUUAGCCGACGGGUAUCCAUUUGUUUUUGCUCUCGUACUGUGUCCAUCGUUCCAUCGAGCAGACCGUAACGGCGGUAUAGUAGGCAUGCCAGGUCCAGGAGAACAGCCGAAUGCCUCACACGGUUGUCAUGCGAUGUUAGCUGUUGGAUACAGUGAUCAACGGCGUAUGUUUAUCGUUAAGAACUCGUGGAGUGCAGAUUGGGCUGGAGGUGUGAUUCGUGUAAUAAAACAGAUCAUGUUCGUGGUGAUCACCGUCACAGGUGUUUGGACAAUGGAUAGUCAUACGAGUCAACCGAAAAUCCACUAUCCUCCUGAUGAAAAUCCAUCGAAUGCCAUCGACCGAAAUACAAACACAAAGUAUCUGAAUUUUGGCACUGAUCGCACUGGAUUAAAUACUGGGUUUUAUGUGAUGCUUCAGAAAAGUUCUACAGUGACUGCAAUUCAGUUUACAACAGCGAACGAUUUUCCUGCACGUGAUCCUAUAUUAUUCACAUUGGAAGGAAGUAAUGCUAGCUGGUCAGAACUGAAGAAGGGCUCCAGCUGGAUCGAGAUUUGUUCUGGAGGAACUGGACUUCAGAAAAAUCCUGGUCGAAACAAGCCCGGUCCAGUUUGUGAUAUACAAAAUCGAGAGAAGUAUCAAAGUUACCGCAUAUUGAUUACAGACAAACGAGAUCGAUCGGCAAAUUGUGUUCAAUACAGCGAGUGUAGUCUCCUGGGUAAAACUGCAAGAGGAGCGACGCGCGGCGCUUCAAAUGACACUGAUGAAGAUGAAAAUGGACAGUUUGGAUGGAAUGUAGAUGAUGGGAUCCCGCAUGCGACGCGAGGAUUGAUUGAUGAUGAUAAAGAUUGGUAUAUCGGAUUCGCAGAUGAUUGA